AUGGAUCGAUCAACCAUCGCUGACAUUCUUCAGGAGAUCAUUAAAGCCGGAGCUGCCGUCGUCAACGCUCAGACUGACAUUGAGAAGCUGAAGUCUAAGAUCACCGGCAUUCAGGCCGAGCGGGCUCGCGACCCUGACAUGCCAGGAUUGGAAGACGACCUUUGGAUCUAUACCGGCCUGCUCCAAAACGCCGUACCUACCUCGCAAGCCGCGGAGGCUACUUUCAGAGCAGCACAGAACACACUGCAACUAGCACAGAACAGAUAUGCUCAGUUGCAAGCUGUCAUCGAGAAGAUGAAGAGCCCCGGAGAGUGGCAGCGCCGCGGAAAGGCAGAUGCAGCUCGUCGAACCCGUCAACAGCAGCAGCGAAUGCAGGAGGAGUCAAAUAAAUCUCCUCAGCUCUUCCACACAUUCUGUCCGCAAGCACCUGUCGAGGUCACUGAAACCAUUCAACAGUGGCGACAGGAGAUCAAGGGCGCCUUCGCGGACUACACGACCAUGCAAACUUUUCCCCAGCCACCAGUCCAGGCGUGCAACAACAUCUCCUGCCAAGCCACGAGAAGGUCUCUACAAGCAUGCAGCUGCAAUAUUCGGGCUGCCUUCAUGGGAACUCCGGAUCUCAGCCUCAAGAAAGAGCGCCUAGCUUGGCAUCCUGACCACUUUUCGGCAUGUUCAGAGCAGUAUCAUGUGGCCUUCAAGCAGAUGGCCAUGGAGAUCUUUGUGGUGGUUGAUGCGAUGUACAAUGAACAAAAGUGA